CAGACUUCGUAGCACUGCGGAAGCACGGCUGCAACUCGCCGCUGGGGUGGGGUUCCGGCCGCCUGCUCGGAAAGCCUGUCUCUCUCGGUGCCGGCUUCUCUGUGGGCCUCAGCCCCAUGGAUCCCUUCCUGGCUCUGCUGAAUUCUUUGUCCUCCAGUCUGUCUGUCGACGAGCUGCACGAACUGAAGUUUCUGUGCAAGGAUAUAAUUGGGAAAAGGAAACUGGAGUCUGUGCAGAGCGGCAGGGAGCUCUUCAACUUCCUCAUGGAGCAGCAGCUGAUUUCAAGAUACAAUGUAGACUUGCUUAAAAGAAUGUUUAAGACUAUUAAAAGAGAAGAUUUGAUCUCACGGCUGAUGGAGUUCAUAGAGGAGGGAGAAGCCAGCGCUCCUGAUGAGCGGCCUGACAUCAAUGAAAGACGUUUGCAGAAGGUGGUUAUCGAAGUCAUAUGUGAAAACGUUGGGAGAGACUGGAAAAUGCUGAUGCGAAAACUUGACCUUUCUGAUGUGAAACUGGACAGAAUAGUAGCAGCCAAUCCACAUAAUUUGGGAGAGCAAUUGGUUCAGUCGCUUCGAGAGUGGCAGAAAUGGAAGGGGAAAGAUGCAAAGGUGACUGACCUAAUAAAGGCUCUUCGAGACUGUAAUAUGAACUUGGUGGCAGACAUAGCAGAACGGAAACUCUCACUUCUGAACACAGAAAACAUGUGAAAUCAAGAUAAAAACACUUUCACAUCACAGAUAUGAAUGAAAAAAAUAGAAGCAAAAGUGCCUUUUGAUCAUCUGAACCCAAAUCACUGUCAUUGGCUCUGUUAAUUCUGUCAUUAAUUUAAGUGCCUUAAAAUUAACAGCAAAUUUCCGGUCAGGUUAUAACUAAUGUGAAAACAAAUUCAUUUCAGACAGUGCUUUCCAGUUGGUGCUUCCCUUACGAGAUUUUAACUUUUAGAACACAAAUACUCCACUUUGAGGAAAUUCUGAGACUUUCAUUUGCCUCCCACCUGAAAAUAAGAUAUGGUUUAUUGCAGAUUCCUUACAAGUGCCUUGUCUGCAAUUACAUCCGUGGGACACUUCUGAGGGAACUGAACAUUUCAUUAGGAGGGUGGAAUAUUCAUAUAUAUAUAUAUGGAUAUGUGUGUGUAUAUAUAUGUAUUUAUAUAAAUAUAUACACACAUUUUUUUAAGUGAUCUGUUUGUAACUAGUGUGAAAGGGGGAAGGAGGCUGAGCUCUUAGAUAUGCAGUAAAUCUUCUCUUUGUUUUGAGUAGCAUGAGGUAAUAUCUUCUAUAAUUUUUUGAACACCUUUGCUAACAGUAAAAGAAUACAAAGAAGACUGUAAUCUCAGUCUGUAAGACGGCAGUGCAAUAGGACUCAUAACUGCUGUAGUGAGGUUUUUUUGUUUGUUUGUUUGUUUUUGUUUUUGGCAGAAAAUGUGCCUGGAUUGAAAAACAAUCUUGCUGAAAUUAAUUAUCAAGUGCCUUUAUACACAAAAUCACAGAAUGGUUUAGCUUGGAGGGGACCUCUGAAGGUUAUGUGGUCCAACCGCCCUGCUGAAGCACAACCACACAGGGCAGGCUGCCCAAUACCAGGCCCAGGCAACAUUCCAGAGGAGAGAGACAAUAAGUCUGGGCAUCCUGUGCCUAUGCUUUGUCACCUGCUCACUACAGAAGUGCUUCCAGAUUCUUAGGUGGAAAACAUCAUCCUGAGAAUGAUGUUCACUUGAAACUAUCAAAGAAAUUGUGCCUUACAGAUGUUUACAGCAGACUUUUUGUAUUUUAUUGCCUUGAAUGUUUUAAGAUUUUCUUAAACUAGUCAUCUCAUGAUCCAUAUCAGGGAGUCUGGUCAUAUCUGCUGGAUGCUGCAGCUCACCUCAUCAGUAAACUACAGUUAUUUGUGGUCUUGGUUAAAGGCACAAAAAAAAAGCAUAUACUGUAACAGAAACUUAGAAAGUAAAAUGUUUUCUUUUUAGUAGAGGAGGGUGAAAGCUUGUUGUUCUUGUUGCUUGGUGCCGUUACUGUGAAGACCAAGUAUCAGCGUGUAGUAUUACAUCACUAUUCUGUAUAAAUGUUGCUACAAACGUAAUUUUCAAGAUUUUGUUGAAGUUGGUGCUUCUAGUUUAGAAGAUUACCCUUGAAUACUUGAUUGUAAUUAAUGGAAACUGCUGUAAUGUGAAUUUUUAGUUGGGCAUUUCCUUUAAAAAAUGCUUGUGAGGAUCAUUUAAGUCAUAGUAGUGAUUAUAUACAAGCAAAGAACGAUGGGGAAUAUGAAGGUUUGCUGUUUUUUGGCAGGUGCAGUUCUUUAGGUGCUUGCCCCAAUACUUUGUCACCAUCAGUUCUCAGUUCCAAAGUUCUGGUAGGAGAUGAAAUGCUGCACUUCAGCUCAGAAGUUUUAGAGAUGUUUUUCAUAAUGUUUAUCCCCAUUCUGCAGUAUUUAAAGAUUUAAUUUUUUUUAAAUUAUUAUUGUUUUUGUUGUUGUUUUUUUUUUUUAAUUCAUGUAUUUUUAUGAUUGUAUGGGAAAUUGGUAAUCACAGCCU